UUUGUUUCCAUAUCAAGUUAUUGAAGUCAAUGCCUAUAAUGAAACACAGAGCAUUCCCAUUCGGGGAAUAGCAUCUACAACAACUGGAUCCAGAAUUGGGUUUGAGGAGUCUCCACAAUGCUCGUCAGGCGGGAUGAUCAUGGUUAACACAAACAGAGGACCUCGUGGGCUCACCCCAUCUUUGCUUGGAUUAAAGAUUUUGCAGGUGAAAGGAAGGUUCUAUAAUGAAAUAAUUGGUGAUAUAUCAAGAGAGUUGUUAUGGCUUCGGUGCAUUGACGUUGGUCAGAGAAAUCUUCUCUCGUUUAGUUCAUUGGAAAAUUUGAGGGUAUUAGAACUCCAUGAAAGAGGUGAUAGUCAAUUAGAAGAACUAUGGAGGACUGACAGUGAUGCUCCUGUGCAGUUAAGAGGGUUAAUUAUUUCUGGUUGUCCUAAUUUCCAGAGAUUUCCAAAUUCAAUAGGUCGUCUGAGUCAUUUGAAAAAAGUAGUGGUUAGUAAUGCAAGUUCUCUGAGGGAUCUGCCAACAGAAUUUUGCCUUCUACGAUCGUUGGAGCACCUGGGAUUAAUUUGGUGUGUUGAGCUAUCAUCACUACCCAGCAGUUUCGGCAAUUUGAGAAACCUGCGGCAUCUAAGUUUAGAGGGUUGUGAGAAAUUGAGGUCGUUGCCAGACUCUUUUAAGGAGUUGAUAUUCCUGCAACAUUUGAACCUAAAGGAGUGUGAAAAACUUGCCUUAGGUUUAGACAUUCUGGAAGAAAUCACAAAGCUCGAGUAUGUGAACCUUUCUGGGUGUAAGCAAUUGGAAGUGUUGCCGUCCGACAUCACAAAUCAGGAAUCGUUGAAAGAGCUCGAUUUACGUGGUUGCAGGAGGUUAAGGGAGGUGCCAAUGAACAUUGGUCAACUGAGGAAGUUGCGAAUAAUGAACAUAGGGAGUCAGCUGUUGACAAGAUUACCGAACUCUCUUGGAGAUUUGUCAUCUUUGACUGAUCUUCGGAUAGAAACCUGCCCCAAGCUGGAGAGUUUACCGGACUCUGUAGGUCGUCUUAAUCUAUUAAAGCAUUUCUCCAUAACCUCUUCAGGAGUGAAAUCAUUACCAAAAUCAAUUAGGCAACUGAAUAAUCUUCAGACACUGGCUAUAGACAAAUGCCCAACGAGUAUAUUGAAUCUCAGGACGGGGUUGUUUGCAUUUUCGUUGUGCAACCUUAUGUGGAUGUCGCUACCGGCAAUAGAAGUUUCCAACAUUUCUAUAUCUCCAGAUUGUUGUCCCGUUCUUGAGACUCUUCGAAUCAGAAAUAUUGACAAUCUCAGGGAGAUAAAAGUUCUACCAACUACAGUGAAGGACUUAGAAUUGAUGGGGUGUAAAAAAUUGAGGAACAUUAGGGGUAUAGUUGAUCUGGUAAACAUUCGAAAAUUGAAAAUAGAAAGAUGCCCUGAGUUGGACGCGCUUCCCAAUUUCGCACAAUCAGCUUCUCUCCAAGAAUUUGUUCUCGUAGGUUGCUACGGAGUUAAGAAAAUAAAAGGUCUAGAAUAUUGCAAAGCAUUAGAGGAGUUGAGAGCAGAUACCAGGUGGGAGAUACAGGGUAUAGAGAGUUUAGAGAGGCUGGAAAGAUUGAGAAGUGUCAAAUUCAGAGCAAACAGGAGGUCGGGUGUUGAAGGCUGCAUUCAAAGUAUUCAGAAAUGGCCUGGAGAAAUAUUAGUAUGUACGCGGGCAGUCGGUGAUGCUGCCUCACUUGUAAGCUCCUUCGACUUUUCAACUCUCUCUCUUGUUGAUUCCUUCGCUAACCAGGAAAUUUCCUCCAAACCAAAACUGGAGCAGAAACAAUUGCCCAAUGUUGACGCCGUUAUUGUAUGUUUUAUUAUAAAUUGUAUGACUCCACGUAUGCAAUUGCGAAUAUCUUCAAUGAAUGAUGAAGUAUUUGCAACCGAAGUGGAGGAGGGUACAUGGUUCUGGACAGGUCUCUUCACACAGUGUUCCAGGUCUCAGGCAGCAGGGGAGUACACGAUAGAGAGAUAUUCAGGAGAAGGGGAAGUGAAAAAGGGAUUGCUUGUGAUUGGAGAAGAGCAGAGACUUGUGGAGACUUUUUGGAGUUUAUGGGCACUUUUAGCAUAUUGAUAUUGUUGGAAGUGAAAACACUCUGAGAGGGGGAGCUGAAUCAGAGUGUAUGAAUUUUAACUUAAAAACAUCUUUUAAACUUUGACAACUCUGUUUAACAAUUAGAACAGGUGAAUAACAGUGAACUUGCAAGUUUUGAGUUUGAA